AUGGCUACCGAAGCAUCACACAAUACUCCAACGCCACGGACUGACUCUGUUCCUGUGACUCCUGCUUCCGUAUACCAGGGGCUGUUCACGUACCCUUUCGACACAGACCAAGAAUACCAGGCCGGGCUCGCGACCAUCCUAGGGCACCCGGAGACUCCAGUAACCUCGGAUGAGCUGAUAGACAAGAAAGAACUCGUGCUUCAAGCACGGUGUUUCUAUUUCUCAAGGAAGUUUGCUCUCCCGCCUAUAGAUCCUGUUGCAUAUUCGUCAUGGCUUCUCUCUCGGUCUCAAGCCGACCCUAGCCCUAGCCGAGAUCCCCAAUCGCAGAUUCCUGUGGCACAGCAUAUCUCUUCAGCGGAAGAGUCUGUCCCAUCCGCAGUCUCUCAACUCAAUCCUGCAUCAUCGAGUGAACCGGAACCACCGUACCCUACUUCCUUCGCGCACAUAGUCGAUCUGAUAACGCGCAACAUGCCGAUUCCUGGCAUCGAAGAAAUACCCAAUACUGUACUCGAGCCUGGCUCUAGUAAGAUUGACAAGAAUCCACGACGCAGGAAGCCGUGGGAGACCGACGCCGACCCUGAUCGAACAUCGAACGCUUCAGCAUCACCCCAAACAGAACCUCUCCCGCCAGCCGUAGUGGAGAUGGGGGAAAAUGGCGAUGUCGUUGAUCUGAAUGGCCACAGAGAGACGGGCCAAGGUGUGGUGAACAUUCUAAAGCCCAAUGCCGUACCGGACAGUGGUCUUCUGAGUAAGGAUUGA